UAAAUAAUAGGACAAAGAGGAGCUAUAUAGUAUCAUCGCUCAUCACUAACAACUAGGGUUUAACUUCCAGAGUUCUCAUACUCCAUUAAGUUUGUAUUUUGUUCAAAAAAUGGUGAUUGUGAGGGGAAAUACAUCACCUUUUUACCCCUCCAGGAUGGAAGCAAAGCCUGUAAGUAGCUUCUGUUUCAAUAGAGAGUUUGAAAAUGAUGAUGAUGACGACGAUGACGGAGCAAAAGUGGCGCCUGCAGCAUAAUUGGAUCAAUAUGUAUGUUUUAUUUUGAAACAUGAAGCGACUCAUGAUAUAUAUAGGUUUACUGAGAGAGAAAUUGUAGUUUUCUCCUCUGAAUAAGUAGGAACCCCUAUUUAUGUAGUGUUUCUUAUUUGACUACUUCAAAUAGGUUAUCAAUUUUCUAUUCCUAGACCAAAUCCAUGCAUGAGGCAACAUAAAAAACGACUUAAAAGAUUGUUAUAGGAGUACUUUGUUUAGUAGCAAAAAAAUUCCCAUUUAUUGUCUUCUUUUUUUUCCUUAUAUCAGCUAGUAUAUGCACUUCUUAUUAAUUUGAAGUAAUUAGAUUGUUAUUUAAAAUUAAAAAUAUAUCAUGUCAAAAUUGAAACGAAUUUGCAUUACACAUCGUCCAAUUAACGGUGGUUUUGAGCACUGGAAUGGCUUCAUUCCAAGAAAUGAGGAACUUCAUAAAUAAUCUACGUUUAUACUUAACUUCACCUAGAACCACCACUUUCAUUUAUUUCUUGAAACAUUAAACUUAAUUAUCUGUGGGCAAGUUUAAUUCUUCUGUUCUCUUGUUUUAAAAAGGAAUUAAGCUACAUUUGUGGGCUACUUUAGACUCUUCUCUUUUGUUUCCUUCAUUACAUAUCCAUUUGAAAUUUUAAAAAAAAAAAAAAAACGAAAACCAAUAAACAAAAAAUAUGUUUCGCCAAAAGAAAAAGGAGAAGACCAAGAGGACAUUAAAGGGCAAUGAAUCUACCUGAAGAUGUAAUUUUCGAGAUAUUGACAAGGUUGCCUGCAGCUUCUCUGAUUAGGUUCAAGUGCGUUUGCAGAUUCUGGUAUUCUCUCAUCAAGAACCCUAAUUUCAUCUCAAAGCAUUUUCAUAAUCUAAGCAGCAAAAAAAAUUAUCUCCGUUUGCUAAUUAGUCGCCGUGGAAAUAUUACAAAUAAAAGGAUCCUCUCAUUGUCCAUAAAUGACACAUUUGAUGUGUUCAUCAAUCAAGAUUUUCCGGCAUACUUCAAUGACAAAUUUGGUCACGUUAGGCUUAUAGGUCCAUGUAACGGCAUUGUUUGUUUAUGUGGUUAUCCAGAUAAUAUUGUUCUAUGGAAUCCUUCUAUUAGAAACUACAAAAUAUUGCCUCAAUCCCAAAUUCAACGUCUUGUUGGAUCAACAGUACGUGGAAGUGAUUUUGGAUUAGGGUUUGAUUCGAAGAAAAACGAUCAUAAGGUAAUACAAAUUUUAUUUUGUCUCUCAAUUGAUCGAGUUGUUGUUUAUCAAAUUGAGAUAUACUCUUUAAAUGAAAAUUCUUGGCGAAAGUAUAAAGGGAUUGUGCCAGCUAAAAUAAAGUAUGGUAAUACCUCAUGGAGUAUGGUAUAUAAAAAUGAGACUUUUUGUUGGUAUGCUCAAGAUGGUGAUAAUCAUGAGGUGAUUCUUUCGUUUAACAUGAGUGACGAGACUUUCCAAAAUACAACAUUGCCAUCAUGUAUUGGAAUUUUUGGAGAGCAAGAAAUUAGGAGUGUUUGGGUGAUUGUACCAUUUAAAGAAUCAAUUACACUUAUUGUUUAUUGUUUAAAAGAAGUGGAGAAGUAUAUUGAUAUUUGGGUGAUAAGUGAAUUGGGAGUUAAAAAUUGUUGGAAAAAAUUGCAAAGAAUUGGUCCUCUUUUAAGGGUGGAGAGGCCUUUAGGGUUUUGGAAAAAUGGUGAGCUCAUUUUGGAAAAUAGCUCUGGAGAAUUGGUGAUUUAUGAUCCUUCAAAUCAACAGGUGAAGACUCUUGGAUUUUAUGGGAAAAGAGGCAGACUGGAAAUAGUUAUUUAUAAGGAGAGUUUAAUUUCAGUCAAUUGAUAAUUAACCUUAGCUAUGUGAAAAGUAGUGGAGACAAAUUUAGGAUCUAGAAUCAAUGAGUUUUAGAAUGGAAGUGUCUUAAUUUAUGUAUAUAUUUUAGAUGUUUUUUGAUAUAAGUACACAUGGUUCGAGUCAAAAGCAAUGGAUUUAAUUGAACUCGCGGAUCCUAUCUAGAAUGCACCUCUGAGAAAUAGUAUAGGAUGCAUUGCUUUAUGAACCCUUGAAGUUGAUCCGAAACUAACUUCUUCUUGUACGUAUCAUCUUUUUUUUUCUCAACAUAUCUUAAAGAAAAAGUGAGAAAAAAAAAAGAUGUCCAACACUUAUUAGUGCCUCUUUAUUGAGCUGCUUUGUAUCUUUCACGAGUUUUUGUAUUUUGGCCUAAAUUUGUAGAAGGGGAAGAUGAUUGGAUCCCUUAUAAUUUUUGUAACACUUAGGUUUGGCAACA